GACGGAGUGAUAAAAAGAUUGAGAAGUUAGUUUUAGGGUGGUUGUUUUGUAAAUAGCAAAUGUUAGAUAUUAGAUAGGUAAACAGACAUGUUUUAACUGUUUCUAAGUUCAUUCCGUCUGCAAUCUUCGACCUCCGAAGUCGGUUCUUGUAAUUCUGCAUUCCAGUUGAAUUGGAAUUAUAUUACAGUUCGAUUCGACAAUUGGUCUGCUCAUUAACGUUAAACUUCCCGAAAGCUUGCUCCUUGCUGCUAUUAACCCUCAAACCGCCCAUGCCAAGUAGAAACGGUGUAUAACCCUCGAUCGAAGAAUUCCCAGGCUGAGUCAAAAUAGAGAGAGAGGAUAUGGAGAAGUACGAGUUGGUGAAGGACCUUGGGUUUGGUAACUUCGGAGUGGCGAGGCUGAUGCGGAACAAAGAGACAAAGGAGCUUGUCGCUAUGAAGUAUAUCCCAAGAGGCAAGAAGAUUGACGAGAAUGUGGCAAGGGAGAUCAUCAACCACCGCUCUCUCCGGCAUCCCAACAUCAUCCGUUUCAAGGAGGUUGCGCUGACACCCACGCACCUUGUGAUAAUAAUGGAGUAUGCUGCCGGCGGCGAGCUCUUCGAGAGGAUCUGCAGUGCUGGAAGAUUCAGCGAAGAUGAAGCUAGAUAUUUUUUCCAACAACUCAUAUCUGGCGUCAGCUAUUGCCACUUCAUGCAAAUAUGCCACCGUGAUCUAAAGUUGGAGAACACUCUUCUGGAUGGAAAACCUGCACCGCGGCUCAAAAUCUGCGACUUUGGCUACUCUAAGUCGUUGCUGCAUCACUCGAGGCCGAAGUCAACUGUUGGCACACCAGCAUACAUUGCACCGGAGCUUUUUUCUCGCCGAGAGUAUGACGGGAAGCUCGCAGAUGUCUGGUCCUGUGGAGUAACUCUUUAUGUUAUGCUGGUGGGAGCUUACCCGUUUGAAGAUCCAGAUGAUCCCAAAAACUUCAGAAAAACUAUUGGAAGAAUCAUGUCAGUACAGUACAGGAUACCUGAUCACGUCCACAUAUCCCAGGACUGUAGGCAUCUUCUCUCCCAAAUCUUUGUUGCCAACCCAAUUAAGAGGAUAACCAUAAGCGAGAUAAAGAAACUACCAUGGUUCCUGAAGAACUUACCCAGGGAGCUGACUGAAAUAGCACAGGCAGUGUAUUACAAGAGGGAUAACAGUGCGCCGACCUAUUCUCUUCAGAGCAUUGAGGACAUCAUGGAGAUUGUUAAGGAUGCGAAGAAUCUGCCUCUCGUAAACCCUCCGGUUUCGGAAUGGUUUGAAGAUGAUGAGGAAGGAGAAACCAAUGGCAGAGAGGAAGAGGAAGAUGAGUAUGAGAAGCAGGUGAAGGAAGUCCAAGCUAGUGGUGAAUAUGUAAUUAGUUGAUAUAAGAACCAAAGUGCAUUCAUGUUUUUUGUAUCGUUUUUUUUGUGAAUUCAAUAAUAUUCAUGUUGCUAUUGUCUGGAUUUGCUGUUUGAUUAUCCACAGAAGGUUCCAUUACAUUCUGGGAUUCCUAAUGAUAACAAUUUGAAGUUGUUAGAACGGGCAUGUAGGGACAAGUGAUAGGAAAAGGUACUAAAAAUUUUCUAUGUUC